ACAUCCUCCUCUAUAUAAACAAAAAACACACUAGUUAAUUCCACCUAGCGAUACACACUACAGUUCCUCAUUUACCGAAUACAGCCAACAUCUGUCAGACCUGUAGCCUUUUUUCCAUGCCAACGGGAAAACAUGGCUCAGAAAUUCUCCAGCUCUGCUGUAUUUAGUGAUGUUGAAAGCUAAGCUGCUCUUCUGUCGUUUAGGGCGAGAAUACACACAUCAAAUCACUAAUUAUUUAGUUUUUUAUGUUUUAUUUGUAUGUUUUUGUCCUCUGUUCGAAGUGUAUUGUGAUUAACCGCUUAUGUAUUAAUACAUCAAGUAACGUUAGUCUCCAAUUUUAGUAGCUUUUGUGCCACAUGAGAGUGGUUUGCUAACUGGAACAUUAGCUACCCAGUUACAACAUUGGUCUGUCAGUAAAGUCACUCUGGAAAGUUCCGUCAACAAAUACAGUGUCUAUUUGCACAAACCCAUAUCAUCAUGACUGCCAUGCGAGUGGACGCUAAGGUUGUCAUGCUUGGCAAAGAAAGCGUUGGUAAAACCAGUCUGGUGGAGAGAUAUGUACAUCGUCGCUUUCUUGUGGGACCUUACCAAAAUACUAUAGGGGCUGCAUUUGUUGCAAAAGCCCUCAAUGUUGGUGAGAAGGUGAUUACACUGGGAAUAUGGGACACCGCUGGGUCUGAACGUUAUGAAGCAAUGAGCAGAAUUUACUACAGAGGAGCUCGUGCUGCCAUUGUCUGCUAUGACUUGACUGACAGCAGCAGUUUUGGAAGGGCCAGGUUCUGGGUGAAGGAGUUGCAGAACUGUGAGGAGCACUGCAAAAUAUAUCUAUGUGGUACCAAAAGUGACCUGAUUGAGGCGGACCGAAGCACGCGGCAAGUAGACUACCAUGAUGUUCAAGACUUUGCAGAUGAAAUAGGUGCACAACAUUUCGAGACGUCCAGCAAAACAGGAAAAAAUGUUGAUGAGGUGUUUCAGAAGGUGGCUGAAGAUUUUAGUAGCUGUGCUUUAGAGUUCAUGCAAGAGGAGAAGGGGGUGGAUCUCGGGCAAAAGAAGGACUCUUAUUUUGACAACUGCUGCCAUAACUGACCUGUCAGAGGAAAAACUGCUGUAUCAUAUGGUGUGAUUUGGGAUGCCUGGAAGCUCACAGAUUUUUAUACUCCUCAGUGCGUCAGCCGGAGUGUUUGGCUUUUCUCCUUUUUCUUUGCUGUGCAGUAGGUUGAGAUUGAGUAUUUGAAAAUGAACUUUCUUCUUUGUCAGGAACGCUUGUUUUUUUGGCACCUGAGAAUCUUGACUGAAGCAAAUAUCAAAAAGUGCAUGGCAAUCUAUUUUACCAAAAAGGAAAGACACAAAGAGAGCUUUAUGGGACAGAUGCCAUUGCAUGGAGAUCAUCAUUGCCAAUUUUCACAAACAAUGCCUUGAGUGAUUCACCUUUUGUCAUUUAAAGUUCUCCAUUUAUAGAUGUUUGAUCAUCGCAAUGUUUACACCUUUCAUUUAUCACACUCUACUGAUAAUAGUCCACACUAAACUGGAGCCAUUUAAGUUGCGUUUUCCACAGAUUUGAAACCAGUUUAUUUAUUGUUCUUCAUGAGUCAUUUUGAAUUCAAUAUCUGGAAGAUUCAGCAUAACCAAGCGCUUCAUGUAGUUUGCAACCUUGAAUAAUGGAGCCCAAAAUUUCCUGCAUCCUGCUGUCUAUUAUUUGCAGUUUACUGAUCUGUGCCACGUUCCAAAAGCAAGUCAAUAUACAGCAUUUGAUGAAUGUGACGUUAAUGUUUACACUCUUAAUUUUAUUAUUUAAUUUUACCUCAAGGGUAAGAUUUUGUUAACCGGGACACUAGCUUGUCUGUUGUGAUCAUGUUUGUGCGAACUUUGUACAUAGUUUGCUUUCAGUUCAAACUGUGCCUGUAUUAAAUGUGACUUAAAGAGGCCUGUAGCUUAAAAAAAACAAAUGGGGUUCUUGUAAAUGUUGUAUAUUUCCCUCUCUGUCAUUCCAGAGAGAUCCUGUGCUCUUGUCACUGGGCAUCAUGCAGAUGUUGAGUAAAUGUUGCAUUUUACUGUGAGGUUGUGUGAAGAUUACCAUUUAAGGAGAAAAAUCUCAUACAGCUGUUGAAUAUACAAACAAUUUUUACCAGUUUUGUUUGAAUAUAUCAAAAUAUUGUAAGCUAAGCUAAUGAUUAUAUUUGUGACUAUAAGAUACUGGAAUAAAAAAACAAUAGUGGUAAUCAC